AUGAGCAUUAUUCUGGUGCUAGUAGCACUUACAGUAGCGAGUGGGAAGUGUUUGACGAAUGAGAUGUAUAGAAACAUGUUAGACGAGCGGUUUUUGAUGGAAGACAAGUUAGUGAAAUUAGACGCGCGAAUCAGAGAGAUAGAGGAUAUCGAACGGAUCACAGAGGACCGCCUCAGUUUUUUGAAGCAACAAGAGGGAUAUGCGAUAUCGAAGAGAGCUAUUAAAGAUCUCAAGAAACAAGAGAAGCGUGUUGUAGCAGAUUUGGUAGCGUCGAAGUUCAAGAAGGAUCACAUCCUCAGAAUGUUGAGAAAAACACUGAUGAAUGUCCCUCUCAGGGCAAGAGAGGAAAUUGUGAGGAGCGCACAUUUGGAAAACAGAAUGGACCAGAUCAUGUCACCCCUCGAAAGAGCAGAUAAGAUGGUCGACAAGAUCCUCCACGAGACUUUCAAGGGAAAAAAGAACAACAAAAGCAAAUAA